ACCGGAAGCGACAUUCAUAUUCACUCAGCAACUUAACGUUGUCCAAUUUUAGGUGGCUUGAAGUCUACUUAAUCGCUGUUUUUUUACUUCUAGACUGGAAAUGUUAUACUGUUAUACUGACCAAAUAUUAUAUUAACUUCGAAUUAGCUAUGGCUAAAGAACAACAGCCUCAUUGGUCGGAUAUUUUGAAAAGGAGGUUAGCAAACACCAAAAAAGAUGAGAGAAGCGACGAGGAAAAGAAAACAGAAGAAACUGAGCUGUUCACCAAAUAUUAUACAGAGUGGAAAGGCGGAGGCGACAGUGACAAGUCCUACAGGAGCAUCCCACGGUUUUACUACAGGCUACCAGCAGAGGAUGAAGUGUUACUUCAGAAACUGAGAGAGGAAUCCAGAGCCGUCUUCCUCCAGAGGAAGAGCAGGGAGCUGCUGGAUAAUGAAGAACUACAGAAUCUGUGGUUUCUGCUUGAUAAGCACCAGGUGCCUCCAGUGAGCGGAGAGGAAGCCAUGAUCAGCUAUGAAGCAUACCUGCAGGUGGGGGAGAAGGCCGGGCCCAAGUGCAAAAAAUUCUUCACAGCCAGAGUUUACUCCAAGCUGCUCCAUAGUGACCCUUAUGGCAGGAUCUCCAUCAUGCAGUUCUUUAACUACGUCAUGAGAAAAGUAUGGCUGCAUCAGACCCGAAUAGGUCUAAGUCUGUAUGAUGUAGCAGGACAGGGCCACCUCAGAGAGUCGGACCUGGAGAACUACAUCCUGGAGCUGAUCCCCACUCUGCCUCAGCUGGACGGAUUGGAGAAGUCCUUCUACUCUUUCUACGUCUGCACUGCUGUUCGCAAGUUCUUCUUCUUCCUCGACCCUCUCAGAACAGGAAAGAUUAAAAUCCAGGAUAUAUUGGCAUGCAGUUUUCUGGAUGACCUGUUGGAGUUGAGAGAUGAGGAGCUUUCUAAAGAGAGUCAGGAGUCUAACUGGUUCUCAGCCCCCUCAGCUCUCCGAGUCUACGGCCAGUACCUCAACCUGGAUAAGGACCACAAUGGCAUGUUGAGCAAAGAGGAGCUUUCACGGUACGGUACAGCCACGCUCACCUCAGUCUUCUUGGACAGGGUGUUUCAGGAAUGCCUCACCUACGACGGAGAAAUGGACUACAAGACCUAUCUAGACUUUGUACUGGCGUUGGAAAACAGGAAGGAGCCAGCAGCGUUGCAGUAUAUUUUUAAACUUUUGGACAUGGAGAAUCGAGGAUACCUCAACGUCUUCUCCCUCAACUAUUUCUUCAGGGCAAUUCAGGAGCAGAUGAAAAUCCACGGUCAGGAGCCAGUCAGCUUCCAGGAUGUCAAGGAUGAGAUCUUUGACAUGGUGAAGCCUAAAGACCCGUACAAGAUCACCCUCCAGGACUUGGUGAACAGCUGUCAGGGGGAUACCGUCAGCAGCAUCCUGAUUGACCUCAACGGCUUCUGGACGUACGAGAACAGAGAAGUGCUGGUUGCGAACGACAGCGACAGCAGCAACACGGCUGACCUUGACGACAGCUGAGGAUGAUUUGGGGUUGAAGUGUGGUAGAGACACUCCUGUUAGUUUCACUCCAAACCUGAAAGCCAAGUGUCCUGCAGUGAACUGGUGCCGAAACGGGUCCCUCUGGUUAAGUUUGACCUAAAUUUGAAUGUGAGAACCUUGAGGAACAGCCAGACAUGUUGCUUUGUGUUCCUGUUUGUUAUUUUCCUGUUACGAGUUUGUUAAUGAAAUCUUUAAAAUAGAUGUUUCCUUUUUCAUGUAAUUUUCUGACGAUGCCUCAAUGUUUCAGUUGUCUUUAUAAAAUGAAAGCACCUCCUUCUUAUGUUAUCUUGUGCUGUGAGAAAGUCAAAAAGUCCAAAUACAAGCAUGUAAUAAAUGACCGGAUGUCAAAUUAAACUUUUUCAGCAGCUGAAAAAAUCGACAAACCUAAAUCGACACUUUAGCUCAGUGUUUUGGUUCCCCAUGCUUGUUUUGGAAUAUAAUUGUAUGACUGAAUUUUAUGAGAUGUGUCUAUCUAUAAAAGCAAGAAGGGUG